GUUCCCUUCUGGUCAGGCGAACGUGCUCCUUGUACUGGCAGCCAUGAGGCUCAUACUGAUAGCGCUUUUCCUGUUGGUCGCCAUUGGCUCAAUUUUGGCCCUCCCCGAGCCUCUACCUGCAGCGCUGGCCGACCCCGCGCCCGCAGCGGACCCCGGGCCCGAGGCUGACCCUGACCCGCGACGCCGUGGCCGUGGUCGUGGCCGUGGCGGUCGUAGGGACAGGUUCGGAGGACGUGGCUUCGGAAGCCACGGAGGCCACGGAGGCUUCGGAGGCCACGGAGGCUUCGGAGGCCAUGGAGGCUUCGGAGGCCACGGAGGCCAUGGAGGCCACGGAGGUCUCGGAGGCUUCGGAGGCCUCGGAGGCCUCGGAGGCCUCGGAGGCUUCGGAGGCCUCGGGGGCUUCGGCCAUAGGCCCCAUGCCCAUAUCAUCCCUCACGGCGACCACCUUGACAUACUCAUCCAUUAACUUUCCUCCUGGCGAAUGGGCAAGAGAGCCUCUGCCGAUCAAACAUCGCUGUGUGCGUCGCGGAGGCUGCCUCGCAUCAGCUGCUGCAAGUGGCCAUCAUUCAUGUUUUUCUCUGGGAGAAACUUUUAUAAACUUUAUUCAACAUUCAAGUGGUUUCCUUUCUUGAGAAAUCGUUAGCCAUUGUUAAUGACAGUGCUCUUUCUGCAUUGAGAAUUAGAUUACUAAUCCAUUGGUACAAAACUGCAUGUGGAGUUUGCAUUCCGAAUUAUUUAGGCAAUGCAUUUCCAUCAAUUACUAUCAUAUCGUAUCUCUUUAUUCAGAAAAAAACUGGACUCAUUGUAGAAUGCAAAUA